AUGCCGAGGGAGCAGCAGCAGCGGGAGGAGGCGCCGCCGGGCUACGUGCCGCCGAUGGGCCCCGAGGAGGUGGCGGCCGUCGAGGCGCUCCUCGGCUACGAGUUCAAGGACAAGUCCCUGGUCGGGCUGGCCCUCACGCACGGCUCCUUCUACUUGCCCUACCGCUCCGGCGACUCCACCUACGAGCGGCUCGAGUACCUGGGUGACGGCGUGCUCACCUGCCUCGUGUCACGGGAGGUCUUCCUCACCUAUCCGGACCUCCCGCCAGGCCCGCUCACGCGCCUCCGCGCCGCCAACGUCGACAAGGAGAAGCUCGCGCGCAUCGCCGUCGACCACGGCAUCCACCGCUUCCUCCGCCACAAGGCGCCCAAGCUCGAGGAACAGAUUGCUGAUUUUGUGAAAGAAUUGUGUCAGUAUGAAUACCACUCCAAUGGGCUAUUGGAUGCUCCAAAAGUGCUGUCUGACAUCGUGGAAUCUCUUAUUGGUGCCAUAUAUCUUGACUCCAAGUACAAUCAAGAGCUAGUUUGGCAGGUUUUUCAAAAGUUGGCUGAUCCACUUAUUAGGCUUGAGACAUUAGGGAGGCAUCCCGUAAGCGAGCUAUUAGAGUUUGGCCAAAAGAGUGGUCGAAUAGUGGAUAUCUCUAAAGAUGGGUGGGUUAAGGAUACGAAGGUUGAUGUAUUUGUUGACGGUGUGCUGGUUGCAAGCGCGACUUAUGCUCAAAAGAAGGAGAUAGCUUCGAACCGCGCUGCGAAGGCUGCUCUAGACAAAUUGAAGGAGAUGUCGGGGCAAUCCGAUGUUCUAUCAGCCCCAGCCCUAGGAGAAGCUCCUGAGCCGUUGGACGAAUUGGGUCGUGCUGGAGCUUUAGAGCUCUAG